GAACGAAGUGACGUGAUCUAUAUAGCCGGACGUGUCCUAUAAAGUUAUUAGUUUUCUUUACACAAAAAGUGAGAAUGAAUAUAUUUUCAUUUUUGCGACCAACACAGACUGCAUUAUUCAUUCAUAGGAAUCUGAAUUGUUGGACAGCGGCAAUAACAAAAAAACACAGAAAAGUGUAUUUAAAUACAUAUCCUGUACACCUUGUUUUACCAGAUGGUAGCUCUAUAAACAUUGAUUAUCAUGAACCAAGGAGAAUUAUUACUCUCCCCAUUGAUAUUACAAUUCUUUCUGAGGAACAGCGUCAACUUAGAUUGCAAAGACGUAAAUCCAUUCAGAAAGUGAAAAUCGUUGAUGAAUACCAAGAUGAUUUCGAUGAAACUCAGUUUUAUUAA